CUCUCGGAAGCAAUCAUGCCUGUGACGAAGAGUGCCGGGGGUCCCCAGGGCACUGUUGACCUCAAACUGGACCUCAGGUCCCCUCCCAAAAGUGCCAAGAAGCUACAGAGCAAAGACUCCAGUUUCUGGGAUGGAUGUCCUUCCGAGUCACCAGGCUUAAAGAAGACCAAGGGCAUAACAGCCUUCCAGACCUUGGUUCACCUGGUGAAAGGCAACAUGGGUACAGGGAUCCUGGGACUACCGCUGGCUGUGAAGAAUGCAGGCAUCCUGAUGGGUCCGCUCAGUUUGCUGGCCAUGGGCUUCACCGCCUGCCACUGCAUGCACAUCCUGGUCAGAUGUGCCCAACACUUCUGCCACAGGCUUAACAAGCCCUUCAUGGACUAUGGUGACACGGUGAUGCACGGACUGGAAGCCAGCACCAGCGCCUGGCUCCGGACCCAUGCCCACUGGGGAAGGAAUAUCGUGAGCUUCUUCCUUAUAGUCACCCAGCUGGGCUUCUGCUGUGUGUACAUUGUGUUUCUGGCUGAUAAUUUAAAACAGAUAGUGGAAGCAGUUAAUGGGACCACCAACAGCUGCCAUUACAAUGAGACAGUGAUUCUGACACCCACCAUGGACUCUCGACUCUACAUGCUCUCCUUCCUGCCCUUCCUGGUGCUGCUGGUCCUCAUCCGGAACCUCAGGGUCUUGACCGUCUUCUCCAUGUUGGCCAACAUCAGCAUGCUGGUCAGCUUGAUCAUCAUCACCCAGUAUAUUGUCCAGGAAAUUCCAGACCCCAGCCAGUUGCCACUGGUAGCAAGUUGGAAGACCUACCCUCUCUUUUUUGGAACAGCUAUUUUUUCAUUUGAAAGCAUUGGUGUGGUUCUGCCCCUAGAAAACAAGAUGAAGGAUGCCCGCCGCUUCCCAGCCAUCCUGUCUCUGGGAAUGUCCAUCAUCACGGCCCUGUACAUCGGCAUCAGCUCUCUGGGCUACCUGCGGUUUGGAGAUGACAUCAAGGCCAGCAUAACCCUUAACCUACCCAACUGCUGGCUGUACCAGUCGGUGAAGCUGCUGUAUAUCAUUGGGAUCCUGUGUACCUAUGCCUUGCAGUUCUACGUCCCUGCAGAAAUCAUCAUCCCCUUUGCCACCUCCCAGGUGUCAAAGCGCUGGGCACUGCCUCUGGACUUUUCUAUCCGCCUCGCCAUGGUCUGCCUGACAGGCACCUUGGCCAUCCUCAUCCCCCGCCUGGACCUGGUCCUCUCCCUGGUGGGCUCCAUGAGCAGCAGUGCACUGGCUCUCAUCAUUCCACCCCUCCUGGAGAUCACCACCUACUACUCAGAGGGCAUGAGCCCCCUCACCAUCGCCAAGGACGCCCUGAUCAGCAUCCUGGGCUUCGUGGGCUUUGUGGUGGGGACCUACCAGGCCCUGGACGAGCUGAUCCUCUCAGGACAAUCCCUCCCCUUUUCCAACUCCACCAUUUUUAUUCAGUGA